CGCGAAUACAUGCAUAGUCUGUAGUGAGCUUUAAAGUCGCAAAACUCAAACCUCACUCAAACUACUUGCCAAACCCAUUUAACCGCAAACGUCUCAACUCUUCUCGAAGGUCCCUUGUGUUUGUGAAUUAGUUAAUGGUGCCUCAACAUCAAAAGUGAAAAGCCGAAGCGCAAUCAAGCAUUUUCUAGUGUUUUAGGUACAUAUUUGUAUUUGCAGUUUUGCAAUAAUUUGAGGCUAUUUCUAUUCUUCACUGAAUAAUUUGUGGCUUUAUUUUCACUGACCUAGCAAAUAAAAAUGGAUACAAGAAAACAAAUUCUAGUGAAUAGUUUAAUAAGCUUUUUACAAGAUGAGCUAAACGGAACAGGACUUGACAAAGAAAAAAAAGAGUCACUCGAAGUUGCAAUUCAAUGCUUGGAAACCACAUUCGAAGUUGAUGGUGCUAAUAUUGGAGAAAAAGUGGAGCUUUUGCCAUUGAUUAAACUAAAACCUAAGGUGACUGAAGAGCAAAUAACUGAGGCCGAAAAAUGUAAAACCAGAGGAAACGAUUUCAUGAAGAAUUCCCAAUAUAAUGAAGCAAUUGAUGAAUAUACUAAGGCAAUUGAUUUAAACCCCAACAAUGCAGUCUACUUCUGCAAUAGAGCAGCUGCAUACACAAGAAUUAUGAAAGAUAUUGAUGCAAUUACGGAUUGCAAUGAAGCUAUCAAACUGGAUCCCACAUAUGGCAAAGCUUAUGGGCGUCUUGGGAUAGCAUAUUCCAACUUGAACAAGCUAGAAUUAGCUUUGGACGCAUAUCAGACAGCUUUAAGAUAUGAUCCGACAAAUGCCAUGUACGAGACGAACCUAAAGGUUGCUCAAGAGAGAAUUCAUGCAAAUCAAGAUAGUACUACACCAGCAUCAGAUGCUAGGCAGAUUCCUGAUAAUUUUUCUCAGUUCAUGAAUAAUCCAAAUAUCAUUAAUAUGGCGAGUCAAAUUUUGAGUGACCAAAAUUUCCAUAGCAUGAUGUCAGGCUUAAUAAACAAUAUGUCCGGUCCAGCUGGAGAUGGAAUGCCCGCAGCAGUGGAGACCAUGUUGCAAGCUGGUCAAGCGCUUGCUCAAAGAGUAGUAAACGAAGAUCCAGAGUUCUACAAUCGAGUAGCUAGAAAUGUUCAAACUGGUGGUCAGGGUGACGGGGAUGCGAAUCCUUCAGCACCAAAUGAUUCUACUCAGAAACCCUCAGACAAGGACCAAGGAUCAGCAUGAAAAAAACUUAAACGUUAACGGCGACAUAUUAUUUUUUUUUAUAAGGGAAAUAGUCCAUGGCUUAGCAGACAGAAUAAAUAAAAAUCGACGACAAAAUGGACUAUUCCCCUUAUAAAUAUAUUUCAAAAGUGAAAAAAUCAACUUUAAUGUAUAUAUUUUUUUGUCUCUUUUAUAAGGAGCGGAUGUGUGCAUAGUGGAGGCUCAACUCUUAUUAAAUUCUUUUGCCAUCAUAGGUAUACAGGGAUAGCCUAAAGUUUGGAAACUGCUAAUUAUCUCCAAAACCGCAGGUGAGAUUUCCACGAAAUAUGGUACCUGGGGGUUAUUCAACAUGCCAAAUGCAAAAACAGUUUCAGCGAUGUUGCCAAAUUUACAGCUUUUCUGAAAACUAACCUAGUCUAAUACUUUUAGUUUUUUAUAUGUUUAACUAUAGGCCGGUUUAGCCAGCUAAUAGUGUAUAAUGCAUAAUUCUUAAUUCUCAAUUCAAAAUUCAUAAUAGCCAAUGCUUAAUGCACAAUUGAAACGAGUAACCCGUGUUUAUAAAGCGCGUAAUUAUUUGUGCAUAAAGGAAGUGACAGCUGGCUUUUUUGCUGUUUGUUAUUAUAUUGUCAAUAUUGAAAUAUCAAUUUCAAUUCAAGAUAGACAAGAUACAUAUUGUUCUAAACUUUCAUUGUCAUUCAUGUUUUUUCAAAAAUACCUUGUCUCAUAUUUAGAAGUAAUACGUGUAACCUGACGUAUUAUUAUCUGUCAGAAUGAUGCUUCUAUUUGAAGAAAUCAAAGUCAAGUAAAGGAGUCAUAGGCCGUAGGCUCAACGAUAGUAUGACGUACGCCUUCUGAGGUUUUCGUAAUUAUGCUUAUGCUGCUCAGCAUACAAGUAAAAUAAGCGGGUGAUCCCGGGACUUGCGCUGAAGAAGUUUGGUUAAACUAAACGGUUUUUGCAAUGAUAGUAUAACGUAUUCCGAGCAUAUCCAUCAAAAAAGGAUCCACACACGGUGCACUUGGGAUCUAAGGCUCUGCGUUCGCCCUUAAGUGUCAUAAAAUUCCCCAUUUCUCGCAGACACUUAUUUUGAAUUUGACAUAUUGAAUAAUCCCCAGGUACCAUAUGUCGUGAAAUUUUCCCCUGUGGUUUUGAAGAUACCUUAUAAGCGGUUUAAAGACUUUUGGCUAUCCAUGUAUAAUAAUAUGUUAUCGAUCGUGAUUAUCCUUAACCAUGUGACCUAAUUGUGGCGUUAUCUAACCCGGAUUGGUCUAUUCCCUAGCUUUGUUGGAUGGCAUAUCUGUCCACAUGCAUUUGAAUUUCCGGGAGUCGCCUCAGCUAGAACACAUCACACGAACCCCAUUACAUUGAGGGGUUAGCUAUCCUAAUAAUUAUAAUGAUACUUGUUGAUAAACUUUUAAAAUUACCCAUUUAUCUGUUUAAAUGUUUUGAAAUUAAUUUACUUUAAACUAUCAUCUUUUAAUUUUAAUGAUAGGAUAUAUUUUUCUUCAGGUCGAUGUAAUUUUAUUUGGAAUCCAUUGCAAAAAAUAUUCACAUGAUUUGUUAUAAAACUACCUAGUUAUUGGUAGACACUAUGUAUGAAAUGGAAGUUCACUUCUACGAUACACUUUGAAACAAAGUGGCCAUAGCAUUAUCGAAAUUAAACAUUAUUGUUGAGCAACACAUUGUCAUGCUAAAGUCAGUUUUUUUAUAAACCGUUUUUUUUUAGAUAUUCAGAAUAAAUUUUGAUAAGAGACUAUUACAAGUUAGAAUCCUUUUAUUCAACAGUCUUCGGGACUGCAUAGACUUGUAUGAGUUAUCUGAGUUUUCAGUUAUCAAGGUUAAGGGCCGCCGUUUGAUAAUCGAAGCUCUAUUGUACUGCUUAACUGCAUUGUAUCCGUCAUAUACAUAAUAUAAGUAAUUUAUGCGAAGCCCAUAUUUAAGAUGCAGUUAACAUAUACACCUAAAUAUCCAGCCCCCAAAUGGACCUUUACGGUUCAUAAAAGCUAUGCGUUAGAACUAUAUAUUUAUUUGUAGUAUCUUGGGCGGUCACAAAAAACAAAUUAUUUUUUUAUAGGAAUAUGAAUUAAAAAAGGCGUCAACCAUACAUGAUUUAUUAAUAAAUAUAAUGCAUAUACCUACAUGGGUAGUGGUUUUUAAAUUUUAGUAUUGUUUAAAUAAUUAAGGUGAUAGUUCGAUUUUGGGUGUUCCAUGAGAAAUAAAAAACACUAAAUUGAUA